AUGUUAUUUUGUGUCCAUGUACAUCCAGUCUACAACCUCAUUGCUAAUUAUGCUAAGUUCUGGCACGGAUCGUCCAAAAAUAGGAAUCAUGUCGGAAUACCGGCACGGGUAAGCAAACCUCUUCAGCAUUAUACACAGGCCUUGGACUCCAUCGCAAAUUGUUCCAUUGCGGCACUGGAAGACAGGAGAUCACUGGAUAGAAAUCGUUUGAAGCGUAUUCCCUAUCGAGCCUUCUACAACAGGCCUUACUUACACUUGCUAACAAUGUCUGAUAAUCCUAUAGAGGUAAUUGAACCAGAGGCAUUUACUCUCAAUGCCCCUGAACUUAAAAUGAAUCCUCUGGAAUCACAUGAAGAAGCCAUCAAAGUCCCCUCAACUGAUACCUCCUUUGAGGAGGAGACAUUGAUAAUGGUUCUGAAUCGUCUCGGAUUCAGAAAAACGACUCACCGUAACUACAAUAUAUUUCUACCCUGUCCGUUGGGAACAUUUUCAAACUAUAACUUGUUUACUUUGGAACCAAAUGUGGAAAUAUGCAUAGAUUGUCCUCCAGACUCAGACAGCAGCCUAUGUGCAGAUGGAUACGAGGGACCAAUAUGCGCCGUAUGCAGCUCAGGAUACCACAAGCAAUUCCACAGUUGCAAAAAAUGUCCAUCAAAAUGGUGGAUCGUGGGACAGUUGUCUCUUAUGGCUGUGAUUUUAUUAAUAACAUUUACCCUUUUGACAUGGAAAAGGAAAGCAAAGCUUGCAAUGGACCAUGGUCACACUCUUAUGGACACAUUCUUAUCCAAACUUAAGAUCUUAAUCGGUUUUUACCAAGUCACCCACGGCUUACUGGACGUUUUCUCCUAUAUCAGCUGGCCAGACCCGUUAAAAGGUGUUGCAAAGUACUCAGAAGUGCUACAGCUAAAUUUGCUUCAUAUAGCACCUGCUCACUGCCUUUUUCCAGAAUUACGCGUGAAUGCAUUUGGAGACUUGUUUGUGAUCUUGUCAAUCAAUGCAACCGCCAUUGGCGCUUCUGGUGUGUUCUACGGUAUUCGUAAGAGAAUCAUCUUACAAAAUAAAAGCCUGGAGGACGAAGAAAAACCAGGCAAGAUCUCAGAGAUGAAAGAAGUCGUGUACAAAAAUGUCUUCUUUGUCCUCUAUGUAACUUAUCUGAGUACGUUUUCCAAGACAGCCAGCGUUUUACAACUUGCUUGCCGUAAAGUCUGCAGAGACAAAAAUGAAGAGUUGUGCAACGAGUACCUCAAAGCAGACUACAGCUUGAAAUGCCAAGGCUCAACAUAUAACCACCUGCUGAUUGUUGCAUACAUUUCCACUGCGUACAUCUUAACUCUACCCGUUGCUUCAUUCAUCACCCUUUGGAGGCAUCGGCGAGCAAUGCCAACCAAGGCAGACGGUGACGGUUCAGGCGUUGGCACGGAACUUGUUGAAGGACUACGGUUUCUUUUCGGAAACUACAAACCACAUACGUGGUACUGGGAACUGAUUGAAAUGUCUCGAAAAGUGGUUUUAACAUCUGGCCUUAUUCUUGUGGGUCAUGAAAGCAGGUCCUACAUUGGUCUGGCAUGGGUCGUGGCUGGUGUGUAUGGAAUUCAUUUCUCCUGGAUGAGACCUAUACAGGACCCAUUCGAAAACAGGUUAAUGACGACCUCCAUUGCAGUUACAGUUGUCAACUUGGGUAUCGGUGCUGUGAGCAAAAUUCCAGCAGAGAAUAUAUGUGACGCAGUGGAUAAAGACGUGGAUGCUUUAACAAUGAAGAUACUGAUUCUUGGUGUAAAUACUCUUGUAAUUGGCCUUCUUGUUGUUCAAUACUUUGUGUACUUACAUCAGUAUUUAAAAGAGUGGCGUAAGAACCCGCAGUGGUCCUUUUCCUGUUGCUUGGCGUUGGUUCUUCCUCUCAAUGAUUUGCAGGGGGAAAUUCGCGGUAUGGUUGGAAAGAACAUGCUUAAAGCACAGCUUCAAACAGGUAUGAUGGGAAAACCUUCCAUUAGUGCCUGCGCAAAAGAGAGUGGGGCAAUGAGUUUUCAUCUAUCUCGAGAAGACGUCGAUAGAGAUGAUGCAAAUACGACAGAAUUCCAUGAGCUACACUUGAAGAAAAACAAACACCGUCAGAACCACCGAACAAUCAAGUAUGACCUUGGUACACAGACAGAGGUCACUAUGCCAUCAUAUGUUGCUACCCAUUGGUUUCUAGAGCGAGCAGAUAUCUCUGUGAGGACAUUGAAUAUUUAA